AUGCGCUCAUGCGUAGCGCGGGCGACUGUAUCGUCGGCAUUUGCCGCUACCAGACACACUACGACAUCUGCUAAGCGCGCCGCGCGUCAGGUCCACCGUGGUUACGCUUCUCUGGUCAAUGUCGAUACCGCGUCCCAUGAGCUAUCUCCAAAUAUUUCCAAAGAGGGCUCUUCACGGAGACUGUCCUCAACAAGGCUGGAUAAUGCUCAGACUCUGACUCGCCUGCACACUGUUCGCGGAUUACUUCCACGCGUGCUGGCUCCAGAUUCUCCCGAACUCGCUUUCUGGAAUAAGGCUUUGGAGGAGGCAGCGGACCAGUUGAGCGGCCCGCUUGCCGAGGACAAGACUUUGAAUGUCGUAGUGUAUUCCAUGGACGAACAGGCUGGCGGGUCUGCCAUUGUACAGGCGCUACUCGAAGACCCAUUCUCCACCGAGGCGGAUCUGAUCGAAGUUCGUGAACGAUGGAAGGGAAAGGGCAACUCUAGCCGGAUAGACAUCAGAAGUGGACCACCGCCAAUGCGUGCUUCUACGUCGACAGAGGCCUCGACAUCUCAAGCCAUCUCAUCCGACGUCUACCUGAAGUCUAACUUCUUCGCUUCGAUUCCAGCUCCAGUGCAGCUCACAGAACUCCGACCGACGUCCCAUGCACCCUCGCCAGACACACUACGUCUAUUAUAUUCUGCAGACGUCCCCAUUGUGGUCGUCAACCCUCUAACGACCCCCCUGCCAUUCCUAUCCCCGUUAACGGACCCAUUCCACUCGUCCGAGAACCUCUUCCCAUUCACCCUUCCGCCGCACGCGUUGGUCCUCGUCGCAUCGGCCUCACCAGCCUCUUCAUCUGAAGCUGCGCAGGAACGGCUCGGACGUAGUCUCGGCGUUCCCGCAUCCCAUAUCCUCUUCGUGGAUCCCAAACGCGCCGAAUCAGCAGCACACGCUCUCGGCAGUUCGACGCCCACAGCUCUAAACGUUCAGCGUUACCACGACGAUUCCUUAGGAUCCGGACUGAGUGGACUCCGCCAAACGCUCGCAAAGUUGCUCGACCCAACAUCAAAGCCCCGCGCACGUCAAGCCGAUGCACUUCUCCGUGCCGCCUUGGUCACCUCGCAAGGCGAGCUUGCGCGCGCUACUGCCGAGAUGUCUGCCGCGUUGCAUACGGCUACCGAGCUUUGCCAACUUGCCUCCACCGCGCGAGCGUCGGCGGACAAUUUAGUGUUGGGCACCCCAUCUCCAUCCUCGGGCGCAGGGCGGGACAAUGUCCAGGCAGCGCUGGUAUCCGCGGACGAGAUCGUGCGGCCAGUCGUUAAUGCCCUCUGGCCUCAACCGUUACCGGCCGUGGCGCUCGGACCGGGAGAGAACAAAGCUAUAGGCUACGCUCGACGAUGGUCCGCUUUCUGGCGCAGAUUGCUACCCCGACUGAAGCUAUCUACACUCGGAGCCGCAGAUGAUGUUGCGUGGGUCAUUGGACAGGCUGUACGGAAUGCAUGGACAGGAGGUAUCGAGCGCACGCUGCUACCGGCAUACUCCCCUCUAUCACCCCUCCAAGCGCGCACAACAGCCGAAGCGCUCAACCGGCUCGCAGCACUACCGCCCAGCCUACGCUCAUCGCUCCUACACAACACCCUCCAACAACUUUCCCACGCGCCGGACUACCCACUCGUCCCAUCAGCGCUCUUGACACCGCUCUCCGCGCGCCUGCGCAGGCUGAACGAAGGUCCCACAGCCGUGCUCGGUCGUUCUGCGCAGACCCUCGCCGCACGCGUUGCUGGAUCGGCUGUGGGUGGUGUGGGUGUCGCAGGCGGCACACUCGCAUGGACACACGGUGCCGACGUACUUCUCGGCUCCGGGAUGACCGCAUUGUCGAGCGACAUUGGCACAGCCGCAGGCGCCGGCCUUCUCGUUGCAGUGGGCGGUGUACGCUGGGCCCUCGGCCGGUGGGAACGUGCCCGGAAAGCGUGGCUGGCGGACUGGGAUCGCAUGCGAGAAGGCGCAGAGCGCGAGUUGAAAGCAGAGUAUGUGCGGGUUAUGGAGGAGCAGGUGUUGAGGGUGCCGGUGAAGGCGAAGGAGGGUGUUGAGGAUCUUGUGGCGAAGAGGAAGCUCGAGGUUGAUGAGCUGGUGAAGGAAGUGCGGAAGAUCGAGGAGUGCUUAGUGAAGGAGGAUAGUAAGUAG